AUGUUUUCUCGUACAAUCUUUUGUGCGCAAAGGAGAGUGCCAUUUUACCCCAUAAAUCCGAAAAAUCCGAUUGUCUUUUUUGACAUUACCAUUGGGUCUCAAUCAGCAGGGCGAGUUGAGAUGGAACUUUUUAAAGACGUCGUUCCAAAAACAGCGGAGAACUUCCGGGCGCUAUGCACUGGUGAGAAAGGUGUGGGACGUUCUGGCAAGGCACUUUGUUAUAAGGGAAGCAAGUUCCACCGCGUUAUUCCCCAGUUUAUGUGUCAGGGAGGAGACUUUACAAACGGGAAUGGCACAGGGGGUGAAUCAAUCUAUGGAAUGAAGUUUCCUGAUGAAUCUUUUUCUGGUAGAGCAGGGAAGCACUUUGGUCCAGGCACUCUUUCCAUGGCAAAUGCUGGACCCAAUACCAAUGGGUCUCAGUUUUUUAUUUGCACAUCAGCGACGGAGUGGCUUGACGGAAAGCAUGUUGUUUUUGGUCAAGUCACAAAGGGGUACGAAGUAAUUGACAAGGUUGAAGGAAACGGUAGUCGCUCAGGGGCUACGCGCCAACCAAUUGUCAUUGCGGAUUGCGGUGAGGUUAACAGUAACUAA